GGGCACCGCAGCCACAACAGGUCGGCUCUCGCCUUUUGUCUUUCAACCCCUCGAACCCCUGCUUUCGGGCCUUGCUUUUUGGCGCGCUCUACCGACCUACACUGCAUGCUGCACUCAUAUGAGCACUUUCACUCCCCCCCGUAUGCCUUUCGAGUCUUUCAUCUUCCUGGGAUUGUUUUGGCCCAUGCCACAGUCGGGAUACUCGACGCACUCGAACGUACCCGACAUCCGGCGGUGUGAGCCUUCGGCCGGUUCUUCUCCAUAGCGUACCACACCACACCCUAUCGAAGGGGAAUCUCGGAUAUUACAGUCUCGUCUCACCAGCUUCUUCUUUACAAGAUCCGCAUCAUCAAAUGGGCAGGCUGCUUUGAUAUUUGUCCUUAUUUGCGAGUGCAAGCGGCCACUUGUCUCUCACCUCUUCAAAUCCUCAGCCAUGUGGAGAGGCGUCGGAUACGGCGGGCUUAACAGUUCCUAUCCUACAGAUCGAGGUACCGGACAUGUUGCCUACCAGUCCAAGGUACGCGUCAUAGAGAGGUACAAGGUCAUUGGCUUCAUUAGCAGCGGAACAUAUGGCCGUGUCUACAAGGCUGUUGGCCGGCAAGGCCAGAAGGGCGAGUUUGCCAUCAAGAAGUUUAAACCCGAUAAGGAGGGCGAGCAAAUCUCGUACACAGGCAUUUCUCAGAGUGCCAUCCGCGAGAUGUCGCUUUGCAGCGAGUUGAAACAUCCCAACGUUAUCAGACUCGUCGAGAUCAUCCUGGAGGACAAGUGCAUUUUUAUGGUGUUUGAAUAUGCGGAGCACGACCUUCUCCAAAUUAUCCACCACCACACACAACAACCCCGGCACCCGAUUCCUUCGCAGACGGUCAAAAGCAUCAUGUUCCAGCUGCUGAACGGUUGCCAGUACAUCCACUCCAACUGGGUUCUGCAUCGCGAUCUGAAGCCCGCCAACAUCAUGGUCACUUCGGCUGGCGAGGUCAAGGUUGGCGAUUUGGGUCUUGCCCGUCGCUUUGACAAGCCCUUGCACUCACUCUUCAGCGGUGAUAAGGUCGUCGUCACUAUAUGGUAUCGCGCUCCCGAGCUCAUCCUAGGUUCCAGGCAUUACACGCCUGCCAUUGACAUGUGGGCUGUUGGCUGUAUCUUUGCAGAAUUGUUGUCCCUGCGUCCCAUAUUCAAGGGAGAGGAGGCCAAGAUGGACAGCAAGAAGACUGUUCCGUUUCAGCGGAACCAGAUGCAAAAGAUUGUGGACAUCAUGGGUCUGCCGACCAAAGAGCGCUGGCCGCUGUUAUCUUCCAUGCCAGAGUACGCCCAGCUCGCGACGCUGCAGCCACCCAUGUCCUCUGCACACCAUCACCACCGGAGUCAUCAUCAAAAUCUGCCACAGGGCUCCAACCUUGAAAAGUGGUAUUGGAGUACGGUCAGCCAAGGUGCUGCGAGCAAUGCGUCGCAGGCGUCGCAAUCUUCCGGACCUCUUGUGUCUCUAGGCGUUGAAGGCUUCAAACUCCUCUCGAGUCUGUUGGAGUAUGACCCUCUGGAACGACUUACGGCCGCUAAGGCGCUGCAACAUCCGUUCUUCAGCACGGGUGACCGACUGACAGCUGGGGCGUUCGAAGGGCUGAAGAAUGAAUACCCUCACAGGAGAGUGAGUCAGGACGACAACGAUAUCAGGACGGGUAGUUUGCCGGGCACUAAGAGGAGUGGUCUGCCUGACGAUUCAUUGAGGCCGUCCAAGAGGGCGAAGGAGUGACGACCUGAAAUCAUAGGCUUGUGGCUUCGAAUUUCGAUUGUUGGUUACGCUGGCAUUGGCGUUCUGCAUGGGCUGCAAGUAAAUAGGUUUUGUAGCAGAGGUGUACCGGAGUUUGUAUUCUUAGGACAGCAUAGCAUGCUUCUACUAUCUAGCAGACACGGUCAAGACACCACAUCCCACUGCCAAUCACUAUUAC